AUGGCUAGUCACAAGGUUGGCGUUUUUCCUGCAUCGGGGGGAAUUGGAGGCAGCACUGUCAAGUAUCUACUUCCCCGUCUUCCCGCCAAAGAUCUGGUGUUCAUCGCCCGAAACCCCGCAAACUUGGAGUCAGCUCGGGCUGCCGGUGCCACUAUUCGUCAGGGAAACUAUGACGAUGAUAACACCCUGCAGCACGUGUUUCAAGAAAUCGAUACCCUGUUCCUAAUUUCCUAUGCAUCAGUCGAAUAUGAACAUCGAGCCGAGCGUCACCGAACCGCAAUUGACUUUGCUCUUCGCAGCGGAGUCAAAUACAUAUUCUACGGAUCCCUAGGAUUCGUCGGCCAGGAAACCAGCAAAGAAAGCGUCGCCCACGUCAUGCGCGCCCAUCUAGACACCGAGAAAUACCUCGACGAAUGCACGCGAACCCAUCCCGGAUUCGCAUACACGGUUAUUCGCGAGGGUCUCUACUCGGAAUCCUACCCCCUCUACACCGCCUUCUUCAACCCCCAACAGCCCGUCGACGAGAUCCGCAUUCCGCACGACGGGUCCGGCCCCGGCAUCGCGUGGGUGAAGCGGGAGGAGCUCGGCGAAGGCACGGCGGAACUUCUAUCGCGAUUCGUCUCUGACCCCGCGGAUUUCCGCUACCGUCUCCAAACGGUUCUUCUGUCCGGUUCCAAGACGCUCACGUUGCGAGAAACGGUGGAUAUUCUGGGUAAGAUUGCCGAACGGCCGAUUCAUAUUCGACAGGUGUCUGAUGGGGAGUUUGCGGCUCAACCUCAGAUGGCGCCGAAUUUUACCUAUCAUGGAGUUGAUCACUCGACGCUUUGGGCUACGGCUUUUGAAGCUUUCCGGAAAGGUGAAGCGGCGACUGUGUCGCCUUUAUUGAGGGAGUUGUUGGGGCGUGAGCCGGAAGACUUUGAGACGACGAUUGCGAGGUCAGUGUAG